GCCCCCGGUGCUCGGUGCUUGUGUUGUGCGGCGGUGUUGACGCAGCUGAGGCCGGUGAGUGUGAAGCGCUGACAGGACGCUGGUGGAGAGCAGCCGUCGGCGCACAGAGCUCAGUGAAGUGUGUCUGCUGCAGCAAUAACACUGGAUUACCAUCACACAGAGGGCUCUCCAGAAGGGGGCAGCGUAAGACCGAGCACAACUCCCAUCCCAUCAGGUCCUCGAGCAGUCUGCGCUGUCAGGAUCACGCCUCUGACAACCAUGAAAGGCUCUCCUGACCUGAUUCCUGCCGCAGACAUAGACCCCAGCAGAGUGUGCAAAGGGAAAGGAGUUGUGACUCUGAGGGCCACCCUGGUCCACAUAGAUGAUGAGGGCUGCAUCAGCGAAGAGCCAAAUGUCAUCACAACGCCAAGUGGCUGGACAAGCCAGAUUAAUGGAGACAGCUCUAAAGCAGGAUUGGCUGAGGGAGGCAGCAACAUCACAGCUGAUUUACCUCCUGUAAACAACACUCAGUGCCAGGCCAAUUCGCCGGAAAGCAUAAAAGAAAAUCAGGCUCCAACCUUCACUGACAUUCAGAACUGCAUCACGCCGACCUCCAGCUCUGUUUAUCCCUGCACUAGCACAGUUAACCCCACCAUAGUCCUGCUGCAACACAACAGAGAGCAGCAAAAGCAUCUUUCUCAUUUUGAAGACCCAACCCCAGAAAGGGACAAAAGCCCUGAUCCUGGGAGAGACUCAGUCAGUCCAGUCCCUGAUAUGGACUGGAAGAGGCUGAGGCUAUCACUGAACUCCCCUGUCCUCAGUCCUCUCAACAAGCCCAUUGUGCCUGUACGGAACACUGAAAAGUCCAAAGACUGGUACAAGACCAUGUUCAAACAGAUCCACAGAAUACCCGGGCCUAUUGAGGAAAACCCUUACCGCCCCACCUACAUUUUCCCCGAGAACUAUGACAUUCAGAUGAAAUCAAAAGACGAUGGUCCCACUCCCCUUGGUUACUUGGAAGAAGCAAGAGCUGUCCCACGCUCAAAAAGUGAUGCCGAGGUCGAUUCUCGAGGCCGGUCGAUGCCUGUGCCAACACGGUCCUCUUCCCUCAAACCGUCUGCCAAAAGGAACGAGUGGGAGCCCCCGGAUAAAAAGGUAGACACCAGGAAGUACCGCGCCGAGCCCAAGAGCAUCUUUGAAUACGAGCCGGGGAAAUCGUCGGUGCUGAAGCUGGAGAGAACGACUCAGGAUGUAAAUCCAGAAGAUGUAGAUUUAGAGAAUGAGCCUUGGUAUAAAUUCUUUUCAGAGAUGGAGUUUGACAAAGCGAGUGCCCCCUCUUUCAGCCCCCUGGAAACAGCCUCCGACCUGCAGCAGUACUCCUCGAGCAAGUCUGGACACAGCGAGGUGGAGAAGGACGGAGGAUCCCCCACUAGCGAGCCUGGGGCUCCAGAAUGCGACCGCCAUGUUUACAAGAGUGUCCUGGAGGGCGGCGACAUUCCCUUACAAGGUCUACGGGCCCUAAACAAGCGCCAAACCAGCUCCUCCUCCUCUAAAGUGGAUUAUAAAGGUGGGAAUGGCUAUAUAAUUUCACCCUGCUCCUCUGUAAAUAGUCGAUCGGUUCUUGCCAGUAAUGCAAUAGGUAACCAGUGUAAGAGUAUGAAGCCUCUAUCUGCUGCCAAAGCCUGCAUUCCCCAAAUCCUGCCCUCUAAGUUCAAGCCCAAGCUGCUGCCGCCCAGUGGUGACAGUCAGGAGAGCAGGACUAAAGCUGUCAGGCACCCGAAGGCCCACAGCUGCGAGGAUCUGUACACGGGGCCAUGUGACUCAGACUUUGCUGGAGCAGAGGAAAGAGAGAGCGGGCAACAUUCAGACUCUAAGUCCAGCUGUGGCACUGAGUGCGCGGACGGCCUCAGGAAUGUUUCCCCUGCAAUUAGGAGGAGCGCAUCUGAUUUUUCCAGCCUGUACCGGACAAUGCAUCACAUCCAGCGGCCCAGCUCGGUCGGCUGCAGCCCCAACGGCAGCGUCCGUAGCCUGGCCUCCCUUUUUGAGAAGUCAAAGGCCGACGGGGGUGAGAGGUCAGAGGAGGAUGACGGGGGGAACAUUCCACGGGAUGCCGUGUCGUCACGGGUCAAUGAGUUUGAAAUGAUCAUCCAGCGGUCUAGCUCGGCACCCAGCCGCUCCUCCUCCCUGCCCACCCUGCACUCCGGCCACAGCCACAGCCCCAACCACAGCCCCGCCCACCUCUACAUGGCCUCUGCAGUGUCAGCGGAGUCCCUUCUGGUGGCUGACGCCACCCAGAUAGAUGCACGCUCCCCAGCGGAGGCAGAGGGCAAGAGCUGUGUGGAGGAGGCCUCGUCAGCAGGCAGUUUGACUGUGGAGCCUGCUUCCUCCUCAGAGGACAGUCACACCACCAGGACCGUGUCCCCCUGCAACACUGAGGCCGAGGUUGAGCAGAUCUUCAGUAAAAGUUCCCCAGAACUAAUCCACCAAAAUGUUAGUGGAUCAAAGAGUCCCUCAGCACUGCUUACAGCCUCCCCUCCUCAACACAACCAUCUCCACCACCACCACCACCACCACCUCCUGCACCACCUGAACCAUCAACUCCUCCUCAAACCCAGCAAAUGCAAAGGCUCUUGCCCGGCCUCCUACACCCGCUUCACCACCAUCCUCAGGCACGAGAGGCAGCAGGCCACGACCCAACAGGAGAAGCCACUGGAGAAGAAAACCACGCUGCCGGGGAACCUCUUCCUCAUGGGCCCCGCCCCCUUCAGGUUACGGAAGAACCUGCAGUCCCAUCAAACUCGGAGGACCCUGUUGGCCACCAAGGUGAUGAUGGGCGCCCAGAGGCCCUGCGCUUUGUCUCCUGAGCCCAGACCUCUGAUCCCUCAGCGCCUGUCCUCCCUCGAGGUCCUGGAGAGGCUGAGUAACGGGGAGGGAAGCAACACUGACCACCUGAGUAACGGGCAGGGCUUGGACGCCAACGGGAACCUACUGCAGCCGCUGGCAGCUCACCGCAGAGACUCGUCCCCAGUUCCCGGGGAGAGCCAGGAUGAAGUGUUGCGAAGGCGUCACGGUGACAAAGAGAAAAUCUUGGAGGAGCAGCGGCGGCUGAAGCGGGAACAGGAAGAGGCUGACACGGCGUCGAGACGACACACAGGCAUUGUCCCGACGCACCACCAGUUCAUCACCAAUGAGCGCUUCGGAGACCUGCUUAACAUCACAGAUAACUCAGAGAAGAGGAAAUCAGGCAUAGAGAGAACUCCAGCCAUGGCUCGCUUCGACUUCAGAGCAGAAACUCUAAAGGAAUUACCUUUUCAGAAGGGAGACAUUGUCUACAUAAUACGACAAGUUGAUCAAAACUGGUAUGAAGGGGAGCAUCACGGAAGAGUCGGCAUUUUCCCUCAAAGUUAUGUUGAGCUCCUUCCCCCCACAGAGAAAGCCCAGCCAAAGAAAAUGGCCCCAGUGCAGGUACUGGAAUAUGGAGAGGCUAUCGCUCGCUUCAACUUCAAUGGGGACACAGUGGUAGAAAUGUCCUUCAGAAAGGGAGAGAGGAUCACGCUGAUACGCAGAGUUGAUGAAAACUGGUAUGAAGGCAAAAUCUCAGGCACAAACCGCCAAGGAAUCUUCCCCGUCACCUACGUAGAAGUGAACAAACGGCCCCGGGUCAAAAAUGGAGUAGAGUAUCUGGACCCUCCUGUCAGUCAGUCCCCACAGCGCAGCACCAAUGCUUCUCCUCAGCUGUAUCGUAAUCGUCUGACCACCUCGCCCCUGCCCCUCCCUCGCUCCCCCCGCCGCUCCGUGUCCCCCGAGGUCCACGCUAUCUCCUCCGAGUGGAUCUCCCUGACUGUGGGAGGAGGGAGCCCUCCUGCCGCCCCCACCCCUCCCUUGCCGCCGCUGCCCACCGUGUCCUACCGCUGCGGCGAGUACCUGCCCCCGCCCUACUCCGCCAGCCCCGUGCCUCACAUCACCGGCAGCCCGUACUGCGUCUCCCCCGUGGCCUCCCCAUCUGCCUCCCCUCUUCCCCCGCCUUACCCGCCCAGACCCAACUCAACCACUCCCUUCCUCACGUUCACCCCACCUCAGGGGGGGGACUACCUGCUCGCGCCUCCAUCGGGGCCGGUGCUGGAGGGCUGGCUGAGGGGGGAGAAGGAUUUGACAGAGGGGGAAGGCGCAGAGGGGGACAGGGGGCACGCAGCCCCGGGCAGCAGGCAAAAUAGCCCUGCAGAGUUUGUGAAGAAUGAGGCUGAUCAUCAUGGCCGGAGCUCCAGAAGCCCUGUGAUGCUGUUUGACAUCCAAGAUAACAACAAUGUUAACUCAUUUGCGGAGGCAGUGUGUAAUGAGAUCUUGAAUAUAGCUGAGACCUCGGUGAGGUACUGCAGCACCCUGUCCCACCACCCUCAUGACUCUGUCCAUAGACUGCACCCCCACCCCAGUAAACAAUCUCUCAUCAUUUCCCAGCAACCCCAGUCACACAGCAGCAGCCCGGAGCCGAGCCGUCUCAGCUGUGGAAUUUUCCAGGCUCUGUACAGUUAUGUGCCGCAGAACGAAGACGAGCUGGAGCUGCGGGAGGGAGAUCUCGUCAGCGUCAUGGAGAAGUGCGAUGACGGCUGGUUUGUCGGUACGUCAAAGAGGACAAAACAGUUUGGGACUUUCCCUGGGAAUUACGUGAAGGAGGUGAAACUGUAAAGAUCUCUUAUCCGGCUGUAACACAUGGUUGCCUGUCAAGCUUGGGAAGUCAUAACUAUCGCGCAUGGCUGUUGGUUAGCAUAGUCAUUUAGCCAGGCGAAUCCAUUUUGUCUGGGAAAGUGAUCGGUUCGGCCUGAGGUAUGUCAAACUGCACAGGGAGGCGGAGACGGAGACAGCUCACUGCCCAAACCUCAGUCUGGUGUACACCUUGACAACAUUUUACACACUUCUUGACAGAAUUCGUCCGUCUCCACAUGUGGAAUUUUCUCCAUGAAAACCUACCGCAAAGUAGCUUUUAUUGUACAGAUAAUAGCUUCCAUCUUGUCCAUGUAAUUUACAGCACACAAGUGUUUACGUAGCACCUCAUUCAGGAGGCUGGCAGCAGAGCAGUGUGAGGAUUAAAGAGUGGAUCUUAUUACCUGAACUGGACUUGGGAGGAUUCAGAAUGUAUUUUUAUGGGAUGUUUGUUUUGGAGCUGUUUGUCAUGAGCUACCUUUCAGGACCAGAGGUGGUUUUUAUGAUUUGCUGUGUAAGAUGCAAACCACGCCUUUACUUCCAAAAGAAAAGCUUCAGUGUUUGGAUCAACAUACCAGACAUGUAUGAGAUUUAAAGUGGUGGUUCAUUCUUGGACUCUCUCCAGCAGACAAUUUUCCUCAGCUUCGAUUUGAUGGCUUAAAUC